GCUUCCCCCUGCGAGUGGGACUGACGCCUGAUAUAGGUCACCACUUCUAAGAAAGAAAUGGUCAGAAUAUGACGAUUCUUCACGCUAUUUGAGCAUCAGAUGGCGAAAGGAGACGUCAGUGAGAGAGUAUUGAAAUGGAAUUAAAGCUUCAUAGUCCGGCAGGAGCCGAAGCUGUCAGUUACACGUGGCCUCUGUCGAAUUCGGAUGGGAAAGAAGGAGCUAAUGAAAUCAUCGAAACCAUACGAUGGGUGUCGGAAGAUUUCCCCGAGCUGGAGACAGCACUGGAUAACAACAUCCUACAGGACUAUGAUGUCAAGAGUUAUGAAAGCAUGAAACAGCUGUGUGACAAGUACAAUAGAACCAUUGACAGCAUCCUCCAACUGUGGAAAGGGACAUCACGCCCCCAGAAAAUUAAGGAACGUCCAUCAACAGGCCUGCUGAAGCAUAUCCUCCAACAGUGUUAUGACCAUGCUGUUAAAGAUCCAGAAAGACUCAACCAGUAUGAGCCGUUCUCUCCCGAGGUGUAUGGAGAAACAUCUUUUGAUCUCGUUGACCAGAUGAUCAAAUCUAUCAACUUCUCUGAAACUGAUUACUUUAUAGACCUCGGCAGUGGCGUUGGACAAGUUGUCCUACAGGUAGCAGCAGCAACAUCCUGUAAGAUGUGCUAUGGUAUUGAAAAAGCAGAAUAUCCGGCUAUGUAUGCAGAGGAUAUGGAGACACAGUUUAAGAGAUGGAUGAAAUGGUAUGGGAAAAAAUUUAGUAAUUACCAACUAGACAAAGGUGACUUCCUGUGUGACGAAAUGGUCGAAAAAAUCAACAAUGCCACUGUGAUAUUUGUGAACAACUUUGCAUUUGGACCUCAGGUAGACCAUCAACUAAAACUACGCUUUGCCAAUAUGAAAGAAGGAGCCAAAAUUGUUUCUUCCAAAGCCUUCUGUCCACUCAACUUCCGCAUUACUGACAGAAAUCUCAGUGAUAUUGGUACUAUCAUGCACGUUGCGGAACUGUCACCGCUAAGUGGUGCUGUCUCCUGGACGGGGAAAGCUUUCACCUACUUUGUGCACACAAUAGAUAGGACUCUGUUGGAGAAAUACUUCCUGCGAAUGAAAAAUCCAAAAUUGAAAGAUGAUGAAGAUGUGCGGAGAGAUCGUAGAGGGAGGCCAAUUCAUCUGCGAGAGAAACACACCUGCUGUUCUGGUCAUGGUGACUCCAAACCUCACGAGGACCUUAAAAAUGGUGCUUUGAAGAAGAAGAUUCGAGCUUUAGAGAUCAACAAGAACGAAAUGCCAGCACUGAAUGUAAUAAAGGAUCACUCCUACCAGGCAGCACGUAACCUGGACUUUGACAGCGCCAGUAAUGCGAGCACUGCUACGAAUGUAAGUGCCACAGCUGAAGAGGUCUCUCAGGUUCUUGGUGGCCCCACAACACGACGACAGUGGUCCGAGUGUCUCAAUAAACCAGUACUGGAAGUGGUCUCUCCUGAACACCCUCCCACCUUCCGCGAAGAAAGUGAUGAAAAUGCUGUGGUGGUUGACAUCCCAAAGAAAGUAACUAGAACCAGGGCAGCAAAAACUGCAUCAAAGCGACUGAGAAACGGACAGUUGAGGAAAGAAACUCGCUCAGUUGGUGAAGUGAGCAGUACCCCUCCUGUGGCAGGGAGAAAGAGAUCCAAUCUAGGAAGCCGUGCCAGAGCCAAUAAAAACAAGGAAAAGGAGAAAGUUCUUGGACUGGAUAGCCUUAAUCUGCUACACACACACACGCUCAUGUCGACAGCUGCAUCUCCCGAGAGCAAUGAUAAGUGGAAUGACAGAAGUAUGGUCUCCAUGUCAAAUGCGUUCUUCAAGCCAAGUACUCAGGCCCAGACUGUAUCAUCACUGGAGACCGAACCAGCACUCCAACGUCUACUGGAUUUAUUCAGACAUCAAUACAACAAGUUCCUAACAUUCAUGCAGACUCCAGAGUACAAAUCCAACCUGUUACUCCAGAUAGAUCAAGAACGGGAGAAGCAGUCCUGUUUAAAGUCAAGAGUGGCAUACCUAGAGAAGCAAAUUUAUGGCCUACAGAAAGAUAGUGUUGGACAACUGAAGGCACGGAUGAGUGAAAUCCACUUUAUUUCCCAGCUUGGCAUAGAUACGGAUUGUCCCUCUGAUUUCCUCACCAAGGCCAAGUCAAUAGUCCAAGAACACAAAGAACUGGAGGGUCAGAUGGGAACUCUGAAAGGCCAGGUUGCUUCUUUAGAGGCAGAGCAACGCAAAUUGGUGGAAAUUCAACAGCAAGUUUUGCUGGAGAAGACUGGUGGAAUAAAUGGGAAAAAGAAUGGAUUCCACAAAUCUACAAUGCAAGAGAAUAUUUUGAAAGAAAUCAAUGUUUCCUAUGCCCAAAAGAAGAACAUGAUUCACAAAGUACAGGAGCUGGAGGUAAACUUGUCUGAUGUACACCAGCAUAAGCUGGCCAGAGAGGACGAUGAUAUUAAAGGUGAUGACAGCCCAUCUCAGGACUCUGGCAUCAGCCUAACACCAACUGUUCCCCCUCCCCAGUCACCCGAUGAGGCAGCUACAACCGACAAUAUGUCAGGGAAGCCUUUAGGCUCUUAUUUUCAAUCAACAGCUGACAAAUCUCAGGACCAAUCCAGCGUUUCAGCCGACACCAAGCAUACGAAGAUUGUUACUGGUGCUAUGGGCGGCAUCAGACUGAUGUCGUCGUGUAACAACUCUCUCGAUCACAAACCCUUAGUUAAAGACUCAGGUUCUAUAGGAGGUAGUGCUAGUUCUCAUGAAAACCAUUCCAGUGUAAAAUCAUUGCCAUAUGUGUCAUCAUCGUCAUCAUCUUCGUCAUUAUCAGCCCCAACAUGUAAAUCCAGUGAGGGAUACAAUCCUGGGGCACUGUCUAUACGAAUCCUUCUGGAGGCUAGCGGGGAGCAGGUGCGCCAACGAAAUAGGGGUGAGAUAGCUUCUAGACUAGCUGGAUACAAGUCAGGUGUGGUCAAGGAUCUUAAUCAAGACUCGGUUGUGAAGUUAGAGAAUGGGAGAAUGAAGAAGGAGACCAAACCUGGUCAAGUGAUCGACCAGACUGUUAAUACAUCACAGUCCUUACAAUUAACGGACAGUAAUCAGGGUAAUGUGUUAAUGACCCAUAACAAGAAGGUCAAACUGCCAAAUGGGGUCAAGUCAUCUCCAAAAGGUGUAGCUCUGGAGGCGAAUAGACCCACCCUCCCAGUCAGUAUACCACUAGACCAUCAACAGAAGGAACAGUUACGCCAGAAAAUUCUCAAUCGAACGGGACCCAGCAAACAUGAGACAGGUGAUGUGACAAGUCAGGUGUCAAAGCAGUCAAGUAAGACAGAGCAUGAUGCUGGGUUUUACUCGCCCAUCAGUCGGCCCAGUAGCCGUGGCAGCACUACAGAGUCGGCGGAUGAGCCCGGAUGUGAUGCCACUGCCAAUCACUCAUUCAGUCCUGCCACAGCCUCGAACAGUCCCCGAGGGCCAGGGUUCAACUCUUCAAGACACAGGGCCGAAUCUAAACCCAAAACAACUGGUCGCACUUCUGUAAAUAAUACUUUUGUAGAUAAUACAGCCAGUCAGGCCAAGUCGAACAAUCCAUUGCAUGGUAGAGGUCAAAGGGUGCACACUGAUCAACAAAAAUUUAACUUAGCAGAGGCUUUGCUUCAAAUGUCAGAAGUUAGGAAUGUCAACAAACCAGUAUCCCCUCGACAGCCUUCCACAGCCCCUAGUGUAUCGCCAAAGUGUGUAGACAAUUCUAAGUCACCUAAAAUGCGGUACACUCUGGAGAGCUAUCAGGCUGUAGACAGGAAACGACUGAAACGGAAGAAAGUGGAAAUGCUUGGAAAUGAGAGUAAAAAGAUGGCCUUGUCCUCAAAUGUUGGGAAUUAUGCACCUUCUCAUGGGAUUUUGGACAGUAUGUUGGGUCACACUUCAGGAAUAAGUUCUUUCUCAUCUCCUGACUCUGGGAAAUCCACACCACUUGUACAGAGUCCAUUGUUCCCAACAGCUCGGCCAAAACACAAAAGUCAUUUAAAUCUUCAAAAUGUCAGUGUUAAAGAUUCACCAAGUAAGAAUUGGCAAGCUCAGAUUAGCAGUGGUUUUGAUGCCUUGGUUGCUUUAGCUUCAUCCGAAUUAGAUAAAAAUCGUGAAAUUCGCAGGAAAAGUUUAGAAGGACAAAGUCCUAGUCCACGAAAAUCUUCAGUGAUGCCAUCUAAGCAACAUAUCUCUCUAAGGGACUCAUUGCGAAGGGAGAGUGAUAAAAGGCGGGGUCCAAAAACCCCACCUGGGUCUCCACCCAGAAAUAAACGUGGUCCAAGAACUCCUCCAGGAUCCCCACAUUCACAGAAAAAGGGAAUCAAAAGUCGGAGAAAUAAUAGUUAUAGUUCAAGUCGUAGCCGAAGUUGUAGUCUUUCCAGAACUUCUAGUCAAACACGGAGCAGCAGGAGCAGCUCCCGUAGUAGCAGUUACUCCAGCAGUAGAAGCAGGAGUCGAUCUCGGAGCUCGUCAUCGAGUCGGAGUUCUGGGAGUGGGCGCCACAGAAACACUAAAGUAAAUGUGAAGAAGGCUAGUGAAACCAUAAACAAAUCCGUGGUAUCUCACCCUGUGAUGAACUCCAGCAUGAAACCAGUGACCCAGCAAUACUCAGGAAAUAACAGUACAAGUGUGCCAAAACAGCCUGCACCUCUAGCUAGCAAUGCUGUGACUGGCACAGUGAUGAACAGUACAAACUAUUGUGUUUUGAAUAAUGGUACCUCGUUUGGGGGAGGUAUGAUGCUGAUGACCAACAACCAGCUUCAAACGGGUACCACCACAUCUGGUAUUCCACAGCAACCCAUGACCAAUCAAAUGCCAAUAAUUCCUUCAUCUAUACCUAGUAAUUUGGUUGUGUUGUCGUUCACUCCACAGAACAAUGGGAUGAACAAUCAGAUAAUUGGGGGUCCUACAGCCACUCUUCAGACUAGUUCCAUGAACCAACCUGUACCCCAGGCCCAGAUACCUAAUCUCUCUGAACAGUUAAAACAAUGUGCUAAACAGCCUCCUCCACCCCCACCAAACAACGACAAUACUCAGAAGGGAUUGACCCUACAGCCAGCAGCACAAAAUAUCCACUACACAAAUGCAGGGCCAGUGUUUGUUUCCACAGCUCCAAACUUCAGUCUGCCUGACCUCAGCAGACCACCGCCCAAUAUGGCCCUGAAGCCACCCAACUCAAGUCUUCCAGGGGGUGGGAGUGUGGUGACUAAUCCAACAGGCCAGCUACAGAUGUGUGCAGGUGGGGCAGGGCAGCCUGCCACGCCCGUCUUCACCAUCAAUCACCGUCCCCCUUCCAUAACCCCCACUCCUAUAAGGCCCCGAUCUGAUCUACCUCCCAGGCCAAUGACCACAUUCAAUGAACGGCCUUUUACACCAGGCAAUGCAGGCAAUAUACCCGACUUCACUCGACCACCAGUCAAUCUGCAGCCAAGACUGCCUUCUCCUGCUAAAGGCCCACACCCACAGCAGGGACCCAGGCCGCAACAGAAUCAACCAGCCAAUUUCCGUGGGCCCGUACAAAUCCGUCCAGCUAUAUCCAACCAAACUGGUCCUAGGUUAGAUGCCUCAGCCACGAGGUUCCAGGGCUAUACCACCCUACAGCCCAACCAGCAGACUAGCAACAUCAGGCUGGGACUGUUUACUAACCAGGGUGGACCCAGGCAGCAGUUCACGGGUGGACAGCAAAAUUGGCAAAUGUGAUAAAGGAAAGAUAACUCGAGACCUUGACCCUGUCAGUGAUGACCUUUACCAGGUCAUAUGUCAGUACUGCAGCAGCGACUGGAAAUGGCUUACCAACAAGGGAGACAAUUGUACACACAAUUUACAUCUACAUGGAAUUUGUUAUUAAGCCCGACUUUUACCAGCACACUAUUGCAUACUUUCAAAUUUGAAAUAAUUUAUGUACGAGAGCUUUCCAGAUUCAUGUAACUUUCUUGGUGUAAAAACAGAUCUAUGCUUAUAAUGUGCAUAUUCUUGUCCAGGCCAGUGAACAAUGGAUAAAUGAGCACUUAGUGAUUUUUUUCGCACAAAAAGUUAUUACCAUUACAACUGUCAAUCAGAACUCACAUCAUCUACUUAUUACGGUAUGUACCUCAUUUAACUAAUCUGCACCCAGGAUCACAACGUGGCUGGAAUUCAUUCCCAAUUUAGUUUCAAUGCAAUAACUAAAUAUGAUUAGACAUUGUAUGAUACAUUCUUGUGUUGUAAUAUAUACAUUUUUCUCUAAACACAUGGAUUUUUAGGAGAAAUGUUUCUUUUGUAUCUUUUUGAAAUUUGAACUGACAACCGAUGAUCCUAGUACCAGGUCAAUACUGUAUAACAUGAAAUGUCUUUGUGUUUUCUUUUAAUUUGUGGUUUGGAGCUUUCAAAUUAUUCCAUAGGUACAAACUUUCAUAUCAGUUCAUACAACAAUAACACAACAAUAUUAUAAUAUUUAUCGUAUAUAAAAUUGGUAUUCCAAAGCAACCACAAAAACAAAGAAAGCUUACACACAAAGAACAUUUCACGUUAUACAGUACUAUUGAAAAGUAGAUUGAUUAUAUCACACGAUUGAAGAGACAUUUUCUGUGUACUAAUGAACGACUAAUACCAUUUGUUAUAGUUAACAAGAUAGUGAUGUACAAGGGUAAACAAUACUAUUCUUAUAAAAUAUAUCAUUUAAUGCUUUGUUGGCACCGGUUAUUUGUACCCCUGAAUCGGUGAAACAGACAUUGAUCUUCAAUGUCUUAGACUCUUAGUCAUUGCAUCUUUGUGAAACAAGAUACAGAUGUCUGUAAAAAAAGUAUAUGUAUGUAAAACUGAGGAAUGAUUGGGUAUCUGAAAGAAUUCUAGGAAACCAGUGAAUGUCUGAAUUGUACUUAUAGUGCCAGUAUCAGAGGAAAAUAAGAACGCGAUGCAUGUGUCUCUGCAUGAUUGAUUAUUUCAAAUUGGUGAAAUGAAUAUAAGGAAUGUCUGAACUAUGUUAGUGUUGAUUUACAAGGAUACAUACCAACUCAGAAUUAGGCUGUAGUCAGCUAAGUUGAUCAAAGCUUGUGUUGAUAUUGAAGGGAAACGAAUUUCAGGUAGUCUAAGCAAGAUUUUCUUUUUUAAUUGAUUGCUCAAAAUUAGAAAUCAGCACCGUUAAAACUUAAGCAUUAAGAGAAACUGAGUGAUAGCUGUAAUAUAUCAGUGUGGUAUGACAACUUCAGAAAUGAGAUUAUCAAUGGAAAAUAUUGAUUGACAUUCCCGGUG